UUUUGGAUUGUGUGAGUUUCCGGGACGUUCGGAGCGCGGCCUCUCUCUCGCCGGAUUCCGCAGACCCCAGGCCCCGGCCCGCAUCCAAGUGUCAGGUUGGAGCCGGGAAGCGGCCCUGGUGGUAGCGGCGGCGGGGGCAGGAUGAGCGCGGAGGCGGCGGACCGGGAGGCGGCCACCUCCAGCCGGCCCUGCACCCCGCCGCAGACCUGCUGGUUUGAGUUCCUGCUGGAGGAGUCACUGUUGGAGAAACAUCUGCGCAAGCCCUGCCCGGAUCCUGCACCAGUUCAACUUAUAGUUCAGUUUUUGGAACAGGCUUCCAAACCUUCAGUUAAUGAACAAAACCAAGUUCAACCUCCGCCUGAUAACAAGAGAAAUCGUAUUUUAAAACUACUUGCUCUUAAAGUUGCUGCACAUUUGAAGUGGGACUUAGACAUAUUAGAGAAAAGUUUGUCUGUUCCAGUAUUGAAUAUGCUACUAAAUGAACUACUCUGCAUCAGUAAAGUUCCUCCUGGGACGAAGCAUGUAGACAUGGAUCUGGCCACUUUACCUCCGACCACUGCCAUGGCUGUACUUCUCUACAAUAGAUGGGCAAUUAGGACAAUUGUUCAAAGUAGUUUUCCAGUCAAACAGGCGAAACCUGGACCCCCUCAGUUAAGUGUGAUGAAUCAAAUGCAACAGGAGAAAGAGCUAACAGAAAACAUUUUGAAAGUGCUGAAAGAACAAGCCGCUGAUUCUAUUUUGGUACUGGAAGCAGCCCUAAAAUUAAACAAGGAUCUUUAUGUCCAUACGAUGAGAACUCUAGAUUUAUUGGCUAUGGAACCAGGCAUGGUAAAUGGAGAAACUGAGAGUUCUACUGCUGGAUUGAAAGUCAAAACCGAAGAAAUGCAGUGCCAGGUGUGCUAUGAUUUGGGCGCAGCAUACUUCCAGCAAGGCUCCACAAAUUCAGCUGUCUAUGAAAAUGCCAGGGAAAAAUUUUUUAGAACCAAAGAACUAAUUGCAGAGAUAGGUUCAUUAUCUCUUCAUUGUACCAUAGAUGAGAAGCGGUUAGCUGGCUAUUGUCAAGCAUGUGAUGUUCUUGUACCUUCUUCUGACAGUACAUCUCAACAGUUGACUCCAUAUAGCCAAGUCCAUAUUUGUUUGAGAUCUGGCAACUAUCAGCUGCUGUAUUGCUCCUGUGGAGCCCUGCCUUGCUCGUGUUUUGUUAUGGAGGUGAAGCUAGUGGUUGCUCCACAGUUUCGAAACCGCUUAUGUCAAAAUGAAGCUCUAGAUGAAAUCUGUUUUAAAGUUUGUGCCUGUAAUACAGUUCGUGAUAUACUGGAAGGCAGAACAAUUAGUGUUCAAUUUAACCAACUAUUUCUUAGACCAAAUAAAGAGAAAAUAGACUUUCUUCUUGAGGUAUGUUCAAGAUCAAUAAAUUUAGAAAAAGCUUCAGAGUCUUUGAAAGGAAACAUGGCUGCUUUUCUAAAGAAUGUGUGUCUGGGGUUGGAAGAUCUGCAGUAUGUUUUCAUGAUUUCUUCACAUGAGCUUUUCAUUACAUUGUUGAAAGAUGAAGAACGAAAGCUACUUGUUGAUCAGAUGAGGAAGAGAUCCCCUAGAGUAAAUCUGUGCAUUAAACCUGUAACUUCAUUUUAUGAUAUCCCAGCUUCAGCAAGUGUCAACAUUGGUCAGUUAGAGCAUCAACUAAUAUUGUCAGUGGAUCCUUGGAGGAUUAGACAAAUUUUGAUUGAAUUACAUGGUAUGACUUCAGAGCGUCAAUUCUGGACAGUGUCUAAUAAGUGGGAAGUACCUUCUGUCUAUAGUGGUGUUAUCCUGGGAAUUAAAGACAAUUUAACAAGAGAUUUGGUUUAUAUUCUUAUGGCCAAAGGUUUGCACUGCAGUACUGUUAAGGACUUUUCCCAUGCUAAACAGCUCUUUGCUGCUUGUUUGGAGUUGGUAACAGAGUUCUCACCAAAGCUUCGUCAGGUCAUGCUGAAUGAGAUGUUGCUUUUGGAUAUUCAUACACAUGAAGCUGGGACAGGGCAGGCAGGAGAGAGACCGCCAUCCGACCUUAUAAGUAGGGUACGAGGCUAUCUGGAAAUGAGGCUUCCUGAUAUUCCUCUUCGUCAAGUUAUAGCUGAGGAAUGUGUUGCCUUUAUGUUAAACUGGAGGGAAAGUGAAUACCUUACACUCCAAGUUCCUGCAUUUUUGCUUCAGAGUAAUCCAUAUGUUAAGCUUGGACAGCUUUUAGCAGCUACAUGCAAAGAACUUCCAGGCCCUAAAGAAAGUAGACGGACUGCCAAAGACCUUUGGGAAGUUUUUGUUCAAAUCUGUAGUGUGUCCAGUCAGCACAAACGAGGAAAUGAUGGCAGAGUUAGUCUAAUAAAGCAGAGGGAAUCUACGUUAGGUAUCAUGUAUCGGAGUGAACUGCUUUCUUUUAUCAAAAAAUUACGAGAACCACUGGUUUUGACUAUUAUUUUAUCACUCUUUGUGAAACUUCACAAUGUUCGGGAGGACAUUGUGAAUGAUAUUACAGCUGAACACAUUUCUAUUUGGCCAUCUUCCAUUCCCAACCUGCAGUCUGUGGACUUUGAAGCUGUCGCAAUCACAGUGAAAGAGCUAGUUCGAUACACACUCAGUAUAAAUCCAAAUAACCAUUCCUGGUUAAUUAUUCAGGCAGAUAUUUACUUUGCAACGAAUCAGUAUUCAGCAGCUCUUCACUAUUACCUCCAGGCAGGAGCUGUGUGUUCUGACUUCUUUAACAAAGCUGUGCCCCCUGAUGUUUAUACAGACCAGGUAAUAAAACGAAUGAUAAAAUGUUGUUCUUUGCUGAAUUGCCACACACAGGUGGCCAUUUUAUGUCAGUUCCUCAGAGAAAUUGACUACAAAACAGCGUUUAAAUCUCUGCAAGAACAAAACAGUCAUGAUGCUAUGGACUCCUACUACGACUACAUAUGGGAUGUUACUAUUUUGGAAUACUUGACUUAUCUUCAUCAUAAAAGAGGAGAAACAGAUAAAAGACAAAUUGCAAUCAAAGCCAUCGGCCAGACAGAGUUGAAUGCAAGCAAUCCAGAAGAAGUGUUACAGCUGGCAGCGCAGAGAAGGAAAAAAAAGUUUCUCCAAGCAAUGGCAAAACUUUACUUUUAAGCAGUUAAAUUUUUUUAACUUUUAUUUUUUAAACAAUGAGCUAAAAAUAAACAGUAUUAAAAGGUUAAGUUUAUAUAAUACAUAUGUA